AAACAAGUCUAUUAGCAGCAUAAAAAAUGUCUCCCUUCAUCGUUUUUGCUCUAUUCGUUCAGGCUUGCUUGAUCCAGUCCGCGCUCAGUCAAAACUGCGGUUUCCCUCAACUUCCCUAUUCCGGGAUCGGCGGGCUGAACAGCGCGAGUGCGAGCGCGCCGGCGCCGCCCGCGCCGCUCGCGCCGAGCGCGCAGUACGGCGGCGCGGGCACCGGGCAGGUCGGCGUGUCUGGCGACAUCGACGCGAGCGGCCAGACCGUCGUCGUCGGCUCCGUGCCCGUGCUCGGCACGGUCGACUUCAGCGGCACCGUGCCCGCAACAGGAUCCGUGUCCAUCUCCGGACAAUGCGGAUGCGGAUGCAGUCAAUAAUCCCAGUAUUUUAGUUUAAUAAUAAACUUUUUAUAAAUAGCA